AUGGCGAACAAGCAGGGAAAGAUGGCCGGUCUCAUCAACUACCGGAUGAGAGUGACUAUGAAUGAUGGGCGUCAAAUGGUCGGACAGAUGUUAGCAUUUGAUAAGCACAUGAACCUCGUUCUCGCCGAUACCGAAGAAUUCAGACGCGUCAAGCGCAAGGCACCAAAAAGUACAGCUGCUCCUGGAGCUAGUUCCACUGCACCACCUCUUGUUGAAACCGAAGAAAAGCGUACAUUAGGUCUUACUAUUAUUCGAGGCACACACGUCAUAUCUCUUUCUGUCGAAUCACCACCACCAGCAGAUCCAAGUUCUCGUUUAGGUGCCAGCGUCCCAGGUGGUGCUGUACCAUCAGCUGCUAUGGCCGCUGGAACUGGAAUCGCGCGACCAGCUGCUGGAAGAGGGGGCUUGGCUGGUCCUGCUGUUGGAAUUGGUGGUUUCCCGGGUAUGCCAGCUCCUCCGCCAUUUGGAAGAGGUGCACCACCUCCAGGAUUUGGUGGUGGAUUUCCUCCUCCAGGUUUCCCUGGUCCACCUGGUCCACCAGGAGGUUUCGCUCCACCUCGCAGAUAG